GCGCGGCAAGCCCUGGGCCGGCCUGGGUUCCCGGAGUUGGAGCCGGCUUUCCCAGCUGUGGCCCGGUUACCAAUGGCUCUCCCUGUGGCUGCAGCAGAUUCGGCGGCAGGAGUGCCCUUCCAGAGCUUGCUCCAAGUGCACUCCGGCUCCUUGAGCCAGCGCCGUGCACUCUGCAGCUCCCGCCCGUCACUCGCGUUUAGUGGGAGCGCAGUCAGUGGAGCAGGGGAAGACAAACUUGUGAAAUGGAUGAAAGCUUAGGCCGCUGCAGAGGACAGCUCGGCCAUAGCUCCGAGUUUUGGAGACAGGCGAAUUUGAGCUCACAGGGAGGUGUGGUCGCCUCCUGAGGACCGAAGGCCUUCAUUUUUCCACCGUUGUAGCCUGUGCUUCCCAAUGAGUGUUUUAAGAAGUCCGACCUCACAGUCUUCUGUGCUUAAGACCAGGAGGUGGCAAGGAAGGACUUUUGUUACAGAUUGUCCGUUGCUGCUUGGGGAAACGCAAUGCGCUGCCUGACUUCUCAUGACGGGAAAGCCUACCUUACCCUUUUUGUACUCCUGGAGGGGAGUCUUGCUCACAUGUUUACCCGCGGCUAGGACAAGGAAGAGAAAAGAGAUGAGCCGUCAGACUGCUACAGCAUUACCUACUGGUACCUCAAAGUGUCCACCAUCCCAGAGGGUGCCUGCCCUGACUGGCACGACUGCAUCCAACAAUGACUUGGCGAGUCUUUUUGAGUGUCCUGUCUGCUUUGACUAUGUGUUACCACCCAUUCUUCAAUGUCAGAGUGGUCAUCUUGUUUGUAGCAACUGUCGCCCGAAGCUCACAUGUUGUCCAACUUGCCGGGGCCCGUUGGGAUCCAUUCGCAACUUGGCUAUGGAGAAAGUGGCCAAUUCAGUACUUUUCCCUUGUAAAUAUGCCUCUUCUGGAUGUGAAAUAACUCUGCCACAUACAGAAAAAGCAGACCACGAAGAGCUCUGUGAGUUUAGGCCUUAUUCCUGCCCAUGCCCUGGUGCUUCCUGUAAGUGGCAAGGCUCUUUGGAUGCUGUAAUGCCCCAUCUGAUGCAUCAGCACAAGUCCAUUACAACCCUACAGGGAGAGGAUAUAGUUUUCCUUGCUACAGACAUUAAUCUUCCUGGUGCUGUUGACUGGGUGAUGAUGCAGUCCUGUUUUGGCUUUCACUUCAUGUUAGUCUUGGAGAAACAGGAAAAAUACGAUGGUCACCAGCAAUUCUUCGCAAUUGUACAGCUGAUAGGAACACGCAAGCAAGCUGAAAAUUUUGCUUAUCGACUUGAGCUAAAUGGUCAUAGGCGGCGAUUGACUUGGGAAGCGACUCCUCGAUCUAUUCAUGAGGGAAUUGCAACAGCCAUUAUGAAUAGUGACUGCCUAGUCUUUGACACCAGCAUUGCACAGCUUUUUGCAGAAAACGGCAAUUUAGGCAUCAAUGUAACUAUUUCCAUGUGUUGAAACGGCAAUCAAACAUUUUCUGGCCAGUGUUUAAAACUGUUGCAUUCAAUUUCACAGGAGAAUAAGGCACCCAUCUGCCUACCAACCUGAAACUCUUUUGGUAGGUGGAAGCUAGACACAUGAAGGUAAAUAAAAAGAAAGGCUGUUAAAUACAGGAAACAGUUGCAUGUAGUAACACUAAUAUAUUUAAAAAUAAGUCAACAGUAAACCACUGAAAAAAUAUAUAUAUAUAUAUACACCCAAGAUGGGCAUCUUUUGUAUUAAGAGAGCAAGCAUUGUAAAAUAAUUCUGACUUUUGUGUUUGUUGUAGAUUGAUUGUAUUGUUGAAAAUAUUGGGUUUUUUGUUUUGUUUUUGUUCUUUUUUGCGCGCUCGUGCGCGCGUGUGUGUGUGUGUGUGUGUGUGUUUAACUGACAAGCCAUCUGAGUGGUCUUGGGCCACUGCUUCUCCCUUUGUGAGUCAAUACAUAGUGCUGCUGGUUGUUUUCUUUUUUUUUGGCUGUGUGUGUGCAUUUGCUAAUUUUUAUUAAUUCUAGUUUUUCAUUAAAUAAAUUUGACUUUCUUUUCUGUAA